AUGAGAAGAAUCCAAGUGCUAGAGGGCGUGGUGCUAGAGGCCGUGGUAGAGCCGGUGCCCGUGGGGGGCAGAGCAGUUGCCCAUGGUGGCAGAGCUGGAGGCCGUGCAGGCCGGGGUCGUGGUCAUGGACUACCGGCUGAGUCCGGGGAGAGUGCAGCAUCGAGUGUGGUGACUGCGUCAGUGUCUCAGACGGUUUCAGUGGACAUGGCGAGUGAGGCCAGUUUUUGUACCGGUGGUGGUGCGGGGUUUGGGGCGGCCUCAGGUGUGGAUCUUACUCCAGCUCAGGGUCGUGAUGAUCUUGUUGUGGGGUUACUAACGCAGUUGCUGGCACGUUUCCCGCCAGCAGUUCCACAGCAGGCUCCGGGUGUGCCUCUGAUAUCACCAUAUUUUACAUGA